UCACAUGCAUUGGUACUAUUUGAAAGCUCUAUCUCUUUCUCUUUCUCUUUUCUUCUCUUGUUGUAAAAACUAGUAGCAUAGCAUAAAAGAGAGGUGAGUGAGUGAGUGAGUGAAGAGAAGAAAGAAAGAUGGGAAGGCCUCCAUGCUGUGACAAAGUUGGAAUCAAGAAAGGUCCAUGGACACCUGAGGAGGAUAUCAUCCUUGUCUCUUACAUCCAAGAACAUGGUCCUGGAAAUUGGAGAUCAGUCCCUACUAAUACUGGGUUGUCAAGAUGCAGCAAAAGUUGUAGGCUAAGGUGGACUAAUUAUCUAAGGCCUGGAAUCAAGAGAGGAAACUUCACUCCCCAUGAAGAAGGAAUGAUUAUUCACUUGCAAGCUCUUCUUGGUAACAAAUGGGCAGCCAUAGCUUCAUACCUUCCACAAAGAACAGACAAUGACAUAAAGAAUUAUUGGAACACACAUCUAAAGAAGAAGCUCAAGAAAUUCCAACAGCAACAAACAGGUUCCAUGGAUUCUUCUUCUCAUCAGCACCUUCAAGCGUCAUCUAAGAGCUUCAGUGACAGAAUUUCAUCAUCAGAUAAUAAGUCUUCUACUCAGUGUUCAUCAAUUACCACAUCCUAUGCAUCAAGCACUGAGAACAUUUCAAGGCUUCUAGAAGGUUGGAUGAGAACUUCUCCAAAACCAUCUUCAUCAUCUUCUCCAUUCAUCAUCAAAGGAGGAGGAGGACCAUCAUCAAAUCAUCAUGAGAUUGAUGAAGAAAACAAUAACAACAACAAUGAUAAUAAGGAGGUUCUUCUAGUCAAGUCUGUUUCUAUGCCUGCUUUGAAUCUUGAGCUUCAUCAUCAUCAGAAUCAUCAUCAAGACUUUGAAUCUAUUCUUUCCUUUGAGAAUCUCAACACUACUACUGCUUCUUGCUGGGACAAAUCUACUUGUGAUUCUAUGCCUAAUAAUAAUAAUCACAAAUGUUCUUCAGAACCUGCUGCUGCUACUACUUUUUCUCAUCAUCAUCAUCAUCAUCAUGAAAUUGAGGAAGAAGAAGAGGACUAUGAGGAUCAAGAGGAGAGGAAGAAUAGUAAGAGUAGCAGGGAUAAGAAUAAUAAUGACAAUAAUAACCCUCCAUUGUCAUUCCUUGAGAAGUGGCUAUUGGAUGAGAAUGUUGGUCAUGGUGAGGAGAUCAUGGAGCUAUCUCCUAUCUUCUAAUAACAUUCAAAUUAUAUAUAUUCAAAAAAAAAAAAAAAGAACACACCAUUCCCUAAGUUUGGGAUAUGUGAUGUUACUUUAAUAAUUUCAAAGGAGGAUUAAGGAAGUGGAAAGAAGAAGCUGCAAGAGGAGGAUAAUGGAGAAAAAGAAGGAAAAAAAAAGAAAUAUCUUGAUCUUUCUGACUAGGGUAAAACUAAAUCUAUCUUUUUCUUUUCUUUUUCUUUUAUUCUAUAUAUAUAUAUUAAUUACUAUUAUUAUAACUAUUAUUAGAUGUGUUAAUUGGAGGUUCUGAGAAGUUUAGGAUCUCUAUUCAACUUUGUAACUUGAUGUUUAUUUUAUGAUGAAUUUGGUUUAA